UUGAAUGAUUGAAAUCAACGUUUGUGUACUUUUAUAGCAACCACCUUUUGGUUAUGGCGAUUAUUUCAUAUAUUGUGAGGCCAGACCUCUAAACAGUGAUCCUUUACAAUUCGCACAUUCUGUUCAAUCUAUCAAAUAAGUCGGGAAAGAGCUGCUCUAUCUGUUCACAGUCAGCUUGUUCUAGCGUUUGGUUGGUUACUGGGAAGUUAGUUAUAGGACUAAUCACUGGAGCUAUUUAAAUUAAACAAGCCUAUUAGAAGUGAAUUUGUAUCCGUGGUGUAUAUAUUCCUACCCGUGGCACCUAAACGUGUGGACGUUUAUUUCCAUAGGGAAGUCAUCUCUGAUCUCACAGGUCUGCUGCCAUGGCUGCGAAUCCACCCGGACAAGGAUUUCAAAAUAAGAACAGUAGAGCUGCCAUUUUAGCUGAUCUGGAAAAAGAAAAGAGACGUUUGAUACAAAGCCAAACUAUGAACCCAGGAGCAAGCAUCCCUCUAGCAAGACCAGCAGUGAAUAAUGUGGUCAGAGACCAUGCGGAACAGCAGCACAUCGCUGCCCAGCAGAAAGCAGCUUUGCAGCAUGCCCAUACUCACUCCUCUGGCUUCUUUAUUACACAAGACUCGUCCUUCGGAAACCUCAUACUUCCUGUUCUGCCUCGGCUGGAUCCUGAGUAAGGGGAGUGUUAUGGACAAGCACACAUGAACUGGCUCAGUUGAGUUGGAAUAAUGAGGUCUUUGCUUUUGGCUUGUUUGGAUUUUUUUCAGCCUAAAAGUAAACGAGGGUCAGAAAACUACAAAAACUGGCUAAUUAUUCUGUAGGUGUUACAUUUGUUUUUUUGUAUUCUAUAUUUUUAAAUAAAAUGUGUACAAGUAUGCAAACUUUG